GUUUGUGUUGAGGCGUCUGGAAAUGCUGCAAGGCUAGAGGGUGUCGCAGCAACUGUAGGUGAGAUGACGCAUUCGCCCUUUUCUUGCUCCCCAGCUCUGCUUCUGCCGCCAGAGGGCAAUGCGAGGCCAGCUACAUCUCAAUGGCGUCAACUACGUAUGUACACACGGAGUAGCUGCCUGUUCAGGUCGCGACUAUCCUGUACACGUCAAGAGACUAAGCGUUGUGAUCGACAUUGA